AUGGAGACACGGAGCCCUGACGCUUCGACACCUCCGACAUCUACUCGCCGACGCGGCUCUCAGUACUUUACCCCUCCAUCGGCGUCGCCGGCAGCAUCAGGGAGCAACCGAGUCUCCUCCGCAGUAGACUAUUUCGAGAGUCGGUCGGAACCUCCAUCGCCUCGGUCUGCUCCGCGACCUGUGGUCUCAAGGAGACCCAGCGCGGCGAGUGGGAUCGGCGAGGAGAAGGAAGGCCAGGAGGUGCUGGACAAAGCGGGAGGUGGAGCAGGCGGAUCCGGAGGGAAGGGAAGAGGGAAUGACAGUCGUGAAGGGUCACCUACGCCCGUCAAGGGGGUCGCAGGGAGACGAACAGCCAUCUCGGGUGAGACCACACCAACACGUCCAGCUCCCAGAGCAUCACUUUCGGGCUCGCGCAUCCCUAUAGCGUCGAGCUCGGGAUCGGCUACGCGUCUUGCCCCUCGAGCGACACCACCACUCUCCGCUGGUUCACCGGGAUCGGUACCACAUCCUCGAAGUGUAUCACAGGGACAGGCAGGGCCCAGUCGGCUGCCAAGGCCAGUGCGUCGGGUCUCUGCUGCUACGAGUGCAACAGCGAGCACGUCAAGCUCCCGCUCCCAAACCCCGGCAGCUCCUUAUCCCGGCUCGAAAAUACCGGUGCUCUCCCCGCGCAGACGGCCACUUCGCCCAUCAGACUCAAUAGAGUCGAUCCGCACGUCAUCCUCGGAGGCUGCACCCAGAGAAGCUGGUAUUCCAGAAGACCCGGAUCCACAGCCGGGCACGACCGUGCCAAGGGUGCCUCGAACCCCUCCUCCCGGUUCACGCCGCACAUCCUACAUCCUGUCCAACUCCUCACCAUCCCAUACAUCGUCAUCCCCCCCUCCCUCACUCGGACGCGGGCGGCGGCCCUCCUCAGGAAGCAUCGGCUCUCCCGGUCGGCGACCUUCGGGACCGCGUCCCCAAUCUCACACGCCCCGGACUUCCAUCACAUCCAUAUCGAGCCUACUGUCAGAUGGGAGCGGAACAAAAGGUGCAGACAACCGGAGACUGAGCCGCUCUGGGCGGUCCUCCUCUCAAUCAGUCACUGAGGUAGAUCAAGAGUCGAUCUCUGUGCGUCCGCACGAUGCGGCCCAUCCCCUCUCCACCUCUACUGCUCCCGAAACGGACCCCACCACUCCAAUUCGACCCCUCCGCGUCGACACCGCCCCUCGCACGUCCUCCAUCGCCCCUGAUGAGCGGGCCCUGCUCACUGCUCGGCCGCCGAUCUCCCCUCGACUCUCUUCCCGCGAGAAUCUGAUCACUAUAGGCAGUGUCCAGGAGAUGAUUGCUCCGCCCGGUCGGCCGCCAAUCGAUGCCAAGCGGAGAGCAUCAACGGCGGUCCAUCUGGGUGAGGUAUCUCCGACGUCUGCAAAGGUGCAGGUAAUGCCGCCUUCGGCCCCGCCAGACCACUCAGACUUUAUGCCAAGUCCUACCACCUCUCAACGCCCCAGUCGGGUCGGAAGGAGAGGGAGCCAGAUACCUCCUGAUUCCGACUACGCCGCACCACCCGCUGCCAUUCCAGACUUUUCUGAGCGCGGUGCAACCCUCCCCCGUCAGAGUCCCAAACCAGAACGGAACCGUCAAGGCCUAGUUGUCGACACCUCGGCGAUCGCUAUUCCUCGGCGGCAAUCUAGCUCGGGAAACAGUCCACCCAUCCCAGCCAGAAAUCCAAUGCGUCAAUUGGCUUCUAGGCCAGAAUCAGCUGCGUCAAGCCGACGAAUGGCCUCCGGAUCGACCAAAGGGGACUCACCCAUCACCCGCACACCUUCGCUGUUCCUCGACUCGCCAGCAGAAGAGGCGGAAGAAGGGGUUUCACCAGGUGGACGGAGCUCGGGGAGGUUACCGCUUUCCGCGGGCAACAAGGAUGACCGAUACUCGAGCGGUACAAGGAGGAGUCAAGCGGGGUCAACGGAUAGCAGGCGGACUAGGGAGGAUGGGUCUCGAAGCGCGCACGGGGAGGGAGAGUGGAGCACCAAGCGGCGCGGGAGAAUUAUGGCGCCUGGUGAAAUGGAGGCGAUGAUCCAAGCUGCGGACUGGGAGGUGGAGCAGAAAACAUCCCUCGAGAUCGCGUCGGCCUCGUCUGGGAAGGCAGCUCCUGAGGUUGCUACCGAGCGCCAAAUCACCCCACCGAUCCCUACCACCACUACCACCUUUUCCACACCUCUACUUGCUCCAUCGAAAGCUCCGCUCACACCGGAGCCUAUUCGACACACUCCGACCAAAUCCCCCUCGAUGCCGCUGCUCGGACAUGGCUCGCCGCCGUCGAAGGCGUCUCGCUUACUUGGCCUGUCCCCGUCGGCUCAGCCCCACCUGCGGAGCGGGACCGACCCAAUGGCGGCGCAGAACCGACUCCUCCCUCCACCUAUGCUCCGCUCGCCCACCACACCCAACAUCUCGGCGUCGGCCCAGGCCAAAGCUCCUGAACCCCCUGUCAGCGCCGGCCUCUCUAAGCGAUCCCACCUCAUCCGCGAGAUCGCCAUGACGGAGCGCGCAUACGCGACGGACCUCGCUCUCCUCCGGGAUGCGUUCAUGGUGAUCAGCCAACAACAACGCCGUCCCUCCGUUCACUCCAUGGCGGACAGCAUGAACGGCAGUCUCAGCCCAGGCUGGGAGAUCAUCAAGAACUCUAUGCCCGCCUCGCAGUCCAUGGACAGUCGCCCUACAUCGGGUUAUUCCCUUCAAUCCACCCAGGCCAAUGUGCCUCCUCCGGCCUCGCCACUUCCUAGAAGUCCUUCAGCAUCCGCCGAGAUCGGCGGAAUGAGCUCGUACUUUGCUUCUUCCACCUCUCUAUCACCUCUACCCCACUUUAGCCCUCGCACCUCCGUCAUUGGGGCGAAUAUGGCUUCGCCCAUCGGCAAACCCCUCAGUCCGGCCGAUAUUCGCGCCAUCUUUCUCAACAUCGACCAGCUCGCGUCUGCCUCGGAGGACCUCGCGGUGGAAUUCGCGCGCGCAAUAGGGGAAGAGGAAGCUGGUCCGGGCGUUACAGGCCGGGAAGGCGAAGGCGGGACAGACAAGCUCGGGGAGGUCUUCAUGACGAAUCUACCUCGUAUCCGGCCCCUGUACAACUUUUACUGCGCUCGUCAAUCUACCGCCUCGGUCCGGCUCGUCGAAGUCCAGGCGGAUCCCUCACACUCCACCUACCUCAAAGAUCGAUGGGAGCAGAUCCGGCCCCAUACACACGCGUGGAAUCUCGAUUCGAUGCUCAUCAAGCCGGUCCAGCGAAUCACAAAGUACCCCCUACUCUUUGAUGAUUUGCUAGCGUGCACGACGCCGGUACAUCCCGACUACUUUUCGAUUCGGUCGGCGGCGGAGCAGUGUCGGGCCAUGGCGCUGGAAAUUGACGAGGCGAAGCGCCGGAAAGAUCUUGUUGCCGGAGUGAUAUCCAAGAAGCCGGUCUCCAGUGGACCUGGUGCGCUCGGUGGAGGGAGUGGGGCAAAGACCCCAAAGAAGAGCGGACUGAAGCUCUUCCGAAAAGAUAAGGGAGGGGCGAGUACAAUUUCCCUAGCCAACACCUUGGCGAACCCGUCCACCGCUUCGCUCGCUACUGCGUCGACUGCCACACUCGUCCCCUCCCCAACGGAUCUGCUCGGCGGUACCAUCCCGCAGGUCUCGUUCACCGAAUAUCGGCUCCUCGUGGAGAGGCUGGAGGAUGCCGAGCGGAUGGUACGAAGGACAGGAAGGGAGGUUGUGCAGUAUACCGCGGCGGCCAAGGAGGUGUUUGUGGCGCAGUUGAACCUCGUUGCGAGCUGGGAACGGGUCGUCAAGCUGGAUGGAACCGAUCCGGGAGAUAAGCGUCUCAGGGCGUUCAGGAAGGUCGGAGAAGCAUUGAUCGACGGAUGCUGGGUGGAAUUGAACGCCGAGGUGCGAAACCAGGUCAUGCCCGCCCUCUCCAGGCUGCUGGACUGCAGCGAGAACCCCCGCAAAGUCAUACUCAAGCGGGAUGGCAAAGCCGCCGACUACGCCCGGAUCACACAGCAAAAGGAUCGGUUGCGCACACCCGAUCGUGGCACCCUUGACUCGGCGCGGGAAUUCGUCGCUCUUCAUACCCAGCUGGUCGAGGAGCUGCCAACAUUCCUCGAGGGGUACAUCCGGAUCUUUGAUCUGGCUGUCCUCGCCUUUUCGCGUGCGCAAGCCCGGUACCACUCGACGGUGCGGGACAAGGUCGACGCGUACCUCCGGACAUGGAUUGCCAGUCCCGCGACUGGUAAGGCUCAAUCACCCAAGUCCGCCGUUCGGUCACCUACUCUAUCAUCGGACAGCCACACGAUUGAUCUCAACGAUGAUGACGGGGAGACGGCGCUGGAGCCUACCGCGGCCUCAUCGAUCGUCCAGACCUGGCAGGCCGCGUGGACGCCUUACGCGGACGCGAUGGACCAUUUCCGCAUCACGCGGAGCGCCACCAAGAGCAUGGCAGACCGGAUGGCGAGCUAUAGCGAGCGGACUGGUGGACGGGGGCAUGUACGGACCGGAUCCAACAGAUCUGGAAACGCCUCUCCGACUGGUUCCAUCAGCGCCUCGGCCUCGCGGCCAGAUCUGAGGCAUGCCAACAGCUUCUCGUCUGCUCAGCGCCCAGCUCCGAACGGGGCCAAGCUGGUCUCGCCCGCUAGCAGCGUACGGCGGAUGGGCGCGGGCUCAACGGAUACUGCCACCCGGAGCCGAUCGGCCAGCCUCCUUAUGCCCGCUCCGGCUAGCUUCUCCGUCACUCGUUCAGGCGCAUCCAACCCGGCCUCCACGGACCAGAGUGACGCCAUUUCGGUUGAUCGUCGAUCCUUCGGUCUACCCAAGAUCAGUCCGAGCGAGGAAAAGACGUUCAGCGGGAUAGGCCUCACGCCCCGGUCGCAAGCUAGCGGGAUGAUGCCUGAUCCACCGGCCGUCGCGGACCUGGAGGGUCUGGAGAUCGAACGGGUGCGCAGCGGCUCGUCCAGUCAGGUACAAGGACAAGUGGCGGUCGUGCCUCCUACGCCGCCAACUCGGAGUGGAGCGUCGACAGCGAUGGGAAAGAGAGAGGGGGUUUUGGAGGACGACGCGGGCGAGGGAUGGAGGAACGAGCGGGUGUUGUAUCAGUGUGGUGUGGUGGCGGACUUGUAA